CCCGCAUAGCGCCCCCUCGCGGCUCGGCGCGGUCCCCCGCUUGCCCCCCCCCUCCUUCCCGGUCCCCCCCCCUCCGGUGCCCCCCGGUCCCGAAUAGCUCGGGGCGGGGCCGGGCUCGGACAUGGCGAGGCAGCACGCAAAGACGCUGUGGUACGACCGCCCGCGGUACGUCUUCCUGGAGUUCUGCGUGGAGGACAGCAGAGACGUUAAAGUCGUCAUCGAGGAUCACCGGGUGGUGUUCAGCUGCAAAAAUGCCGAUGGAGUGGAGUUCUACAAUGAGAUCAACCUGUACGGCAGGGUGAACUCCAAGGACUCACAGGACAAGCGCUCUGAUCGCUCCAUCACGUGCUUCAUAAGGAAAUGGAAGGAGAAAGUGGCGUGGCCCCGUAUCACCAAGGAGAACAUCAAGCCAGCUUGGCUCUCUGUGGAUUUCGACAACUGGCGAGACUGGGAAGGGGACGAGGAGGUGGAGAGGGCCAUGAUGGAGGAGUACGCCGAGCUCCUGCAGAAGGUCACGGACAAGGGCCCUGCCCCGACCAUGGACUGACCUGGACGACGACCUCUGAAGCCCAGCUCCCGUGGGCCACCACCGCCACCGUGAGGCUCUCCCGGUGCACCGGCAGCGAACACGGCCGAACCGGGACGCGGGCAGGACUCAGAAGGAGCACGGCAGCAGCGCUGGUCCCCCAGCACCGGUAACCGGUGCGGUCAAUAAACACCAGCAGCCACCACCCU